CUUAACCACAGUCGUGACGCCAUCAAAGCUCAACUCUCACAGUUUAAAUAGGCAAAAAAAAUUUUUAAAAAAAGGGCAAAGCUCUUUUCUUAACUACUGUUUACUCAGAAUAGCAGAGAAACUAGGUUGACUCUUUGUCUCUCGUUGAUUUCGAUUUUAUCUUUCUCAAAAAAGAAUCCCCAAAAUCUAGGGUUUUGUUUUUGUUCUUCUCGUUUAACCGAGGAUAAGAAAUUGACUAUCAUUUGAGUGUAUUGGGAGGAAUGCAGUCAAAAUCUGAACAUGCAAGUCAAUUAGAACCAGAUUCGCAUGGUGUUCAUCCAACUGCAGUGUUUUCUGAACCUUGGUGGGGUAAUAUUGGUUAUGGUGCCAUCUCCGUAGGAGUGAGAGGAGGAAAUGCAUCAAAUUCAUCUUCAAUGGAAUGCCCUAAUGGUUCAGAGUCGAAAGAUGGGCAGUCACUAUCCAGUGGUGGGCUAAAUGAAGAGAAUGAUGUUAAUAAAGAAACACAAACUACUGCAUCCUCUCAAACAGUUGGACAUGGUGGACAAGAACAUCACAAUUUGCAGCCUGUUGUAUCUACCAUGCCUGCUAUGCGCGACAAAUGCCUCACACAGCCUCCCCAGCUUGAGCUUGUCAGUUAUUCAAUCGCAUGUGCAUCAAAUCCUUAUCAAGAUCCAUUUUAUGGAGGACUGAUGGCAGCAUAUGGACAUCAGCCUUUGGGUUAUCCUCCAUUUGUUGGAAUGCCUCAUGCAAGAAUGGCUUUGCCCAAUGAGAUGGCACAAGAACCUGUUUAUGUGAAUGCCAAACAGUACCAGGGAAUUCUGAGGCGAAGGCAGGCCCGUGCCAAAGCAGAACUUGAGAAGAAGGUUGUAAAUGCCCGAAAGCCAUAUCUUCAUGAAUCUAGGCAUCAGCAUGCUAUGCGUAGGGCAAGAGGUAGUGGAGGACGUUUUGCAAAGAAAACAGAUGCUGAUUCUUCAAAACGCAUGGCAGAAGAAAAAGGAACAGGUUCAGAUCCUGCCCUGUCAUCUCAAUCUGCCAGUUCAUCUGGUUCUGAACCAUUGCCUACUGAUUCUGCUGAAACCUGGAACUCCUCCCUCGCCCGGCAAGAAGCAAGAGGGUCCCAUGUGCAUGAUGCGCAUCAUGUCAAUGGCAGCGGUCAUUAUCAGGAACGAAGUGGUAGCAUCUCCUAUAACCAGGCUUCACAUAGGCCUCUUGCGAUCUAGUGAAUGGAGGACAACCUUUCAA